AACGUGACGAGAUUUUACGGCGCCUCGCCUCCAGAAGCAGAUCAGAACCCAGAGGUGUUCGGAGGUCUGCAGCUGAACGAUGAGCACCUCUCGGAGUCCGUCCACGCUGGAGUCCAGACUGGAGACUCUGGAGUGCCACUUCACCUGGGACCUGGACGGCAGCAGGUCCAGGCUGCUCUGUCUCCGGGACGAGCUGGAGGACAUCGGCUCAGAGGAGGGCUACAGCUGGCUGGGUCACAUCUACAACCUGCAGGGCUUCCUCCACUGCCAGCUGGGCUCCGCGGACCAGGCCCGGCGCUUCUUCUGCCGGGCCGCAGAGGCGCUCCGGCAGCUGAGGAACACUGUGUCGGACGAGGGCCCCUGGCUGGUGGUGAACUACGGGAACCUGUCUUGGCUGCACCACCUCCUGGGGGAACAAGCACAGAGUCAGGAAUACCUGCGGAAGGUCGACGCCCUGAUGAGCGAGUACCCGUCUCCCUCCCUGGACGAGCCCCAUCCGGAAAUCUGCGCUGAAAAGGCCUGGACUCUGAUGAAGUUCGGUGGGAACAAAAAGCUCCUGGCUGCAGAUUUCUUCCAGAAGGCCAUCAGGAUGCAGCCAGACAUGGUGGAGUGGCAAACCAGCCGAGUGUUGGCGUUGGCGAACGCCGUCUCGCAGCACAAAGGAAACAUGGACGCCGACGUCUUGGAGAAAAUGAAAAUCGCCAAAGAGCACGACCCGGGGAACCUGUACCUCGCCGCCGUUUACUUGGAAGCUCGAGCUCAGAGGGGAGCGAAGAUCCAGAAGGACGCUCAAGAGUUGGCGAGGAAGGUUUUAAGGAAACCGAUGAGCAGCUACAGCGGCUUCAAACCUCUGCUCCGGCUCUACAGGACCCACGUUUCCAUGGACGAGGCCAUUCAUUUAGCAGAGGAGGCUKUGGAGAGACAUCCGGACGCUCGGUACAUAAAGAGAUGUGCCGCCAUCUGCUACAAGAGGAAAGUCUUCUCCCUGAGCAACAAGCACCUGGAGGGCAGCCUGAUGGAGCGAGCCAUCAGCCUGCACCAGGAGGUCAUCGCCCUGUACCCCGGCUCCUCCCUCAGAAUGCUCAUAUCUCUGGCAAACAUUUACGCCAAAUCGAACCGGCGAGCCGCGGCCGAGGAGAUCUUCCAGGAGCUGCUGAAGAGCGAUCUGGAUCCUGAGGGAGAGCAGAUGGUUUACAGUUACUACGCCAAGUUUUUACAGUACGGUCAAAAACACAGCGACCAGGCGGUGAUGUACUACAUGAGGGCCGCAGCCAUACAACACGGGUCGGUUUACCGCGAGGACAGCAUCAGGAGGCUGCAGAGGAUCGGACAGGAGAACCGUCAGCCCGUGAGUCGGGACGUAGAAGAGUUUCUGAAUCAUCUCAGCAGCUAAAGACCAAAUCACCAGUGAUGGAGAAACUUUGUAAGGGUUUGCCGAGUGCUGUCCAAUUUAAGUAAAGAUUUGAAUUUACUGUUUGUUGGAGGUCACUGUGAUCUGCUACCAUCUCAAAUUUGAGCCAAARAUGUCUGAAAAUGACUGAGUUACGGURAAUUURCCAUUUUAGCUAUGGUGGCCAUCUUGGAUUUUUAUUUAGCAUUCAGAAUUUGUCAAAACUUGUUCUUGGCUACUACUACUCUACCAGUUUUCAGCUCUGUGAGCUUUAAAAUGGCUGAGCCUUUUUUUAAAUUAGCAUUAGCGGUUAGCUUAAAGUUCCUGUGACAUGCAUGUACUUCUUGAACUGUGAGCGACAAAGAGGUGGAAAUUUUCAAAUUAGCACAGCGCUUUAUCUCAGAGACAUGACGACUUAAAAUUGUUUUGCUUGUGAACAAAAAGUGACAAAAAUUUUACAUGUCGAAAAACAGGGAGUGAAGUGUUACUUCCCUGAUGUCUGACGAGAAAACUGUCCUGCAGCAAAAACAGAAACCAACUGAAAGAAGACAAAAAUGUCUACGUUUUGAUAAAUUUGUCUGUGUAUCAUGAAAAUUGUGGCUUUAGGGAAAAAGUUGUUUGCUAAUAAAUAUUUUCCAAACAA